AUGCGUUGGAUCGUGCUCUUCGGUAAUCUGCUGACAAUAGCGAGCGCUCACCCGUUCGAAUUUGUCAGUAGAGACACCCCCCAAAACGAGCCAUACGUUGUUGAAAAGUUCCUGGUAACGACCAAGGAUGAUGCCCAGGCAGUACGCGAUUAUUGGACACCUGAGCGUCUCGCCUCGAUUGACCAUGAUCCAAUUUCAACCAACACAACACCAGUUCCUGAGAAUGAAAAAUAUCGUGGCGCCGAGUUCAACGGAAAAGGUGAUAUUCCGCGUACUGUCGGGCGACUAUUAUACACAGAACUGAUAGAGGGGUCCGGCUGGCAAGAUUCCUCUUGCACGGCGACUCUUGUACGAAGCGAAAAUAAGGCUACAAUUGUUACAGCAGCACAUUGUCUGAAAACAAAUCUCAUGACUCAGAACCAUACGGAGUGGAAUAAGAAUAUUCUGUUCCUCCCUGGUUUCCGAGAUGACCUGCCCCAGGUCAACUUCACCAUAAAUCGGGCGUACGUCGAGAGUAGCUGGGUCUAUGAAGGCUUGAAUUACUUCAAUGAUCGAGCUUUCGCAGUUCUGAACUCGGAUUUCGACUCCGGAAAAGCUGCAGGGCUGGUAAUCGGUGCUGCCCAAGAUAUUCAGUUCGGCACUGAGCCACCAUACGGGACUCUGUACAACCUUGGCUACCCUCGAUAUUCACACGACAAGGAGGAGUUUCGUUAUGGCUCACCGGCCUUUACGGGACGCCGACUAGCAGCCUGUUAUGGUGAGGCCGAAGUCUGGUGGAGAUUCCCUUCCGAUCUUGUAGGAUUUCCCUGCCAUAUGAGUGGUGGAUCUAGUGGUGGUCCUCAUCUCGCCAAUUUCGACAUGGAACGAGGUGUUGGUACAGUGGUUGCAGUUAAUAGUAUCGGCGAUUGGAAUGCUCCUCCACCAGAACAAGUAUUGUAUGAGUACGGCAUGUCGGUCACUACCAGUUUUUCGAAGCUUCUGUAUGAAGCUGCACAGGGAGUCAAGCUAUAG